GGUCCAGGUCCUGUGSUGGUGCUCGGGUCCGGUCCAGUCCAGUCCUGCUCGUGCUCGGUGACUUGGCGGGGCGCUCUUCAGUAAAGAUGGCUGCACCGCCGCGCGCCUUUAGUGGCAUCCUGGUGAAAUGACGCACACUUUACGUUCAGUCCUCUCGGCUCGCAGCACUCCAGUCUCCAUAGCUCCGAUCCCGCCCGGCCGGCGCACAGCCCGGAAAACCGAGCGGCUACCCUCCAGUGGACCGAGCGGAACCGGUUCAUCUGAGUGCGAGUGCGAUGAGGAGGAGUUUCAGAGUUUGAGGUCAUGGGCUGCACCUCGGCCAAGCAGGUGUCGGCCGUGCCCAGCGACGAGGAGGGACGCGGUAAGGCCUACAGCAACGGAGACCUCUUCUCUGAUGAAUACAAGAUGAAGGGAGUGGAGGAGGUGAAGUACAUGAGAGGGGAUGAAAAUCGAGUGAACGCACGCAACCAGGAGAACCUGGAGAAGAGUAAUGCAGAGUUCAGAGGCAAAAAACAGAAAGAGGCGGCUUCAUCAAACCUCAAGUCUAAUAUUCACACGUCAGAGAGCCAGCAGGAAUUUUUCAGGAUGCUGGAUGAAAAGAUCGAGAAGGGGCGAGACUACUGCUCGGAGGAGGAGGAAGAGGAAGACGGGACAUAGCACACAGGCCCGCAGGAAUCAUCCCCUCAGAGAGCCUCACUGAGUGUGUGGGAGUGUGUGCGUGAGUUAAUGUGAGUUAAUGAGUGUGUCUGAAAGAGAAAAGCAAGUUCAAUCAGUGUUGCACCGACGGGAGCGUUGUUUCAACGGGACACUAUGUUUGUGUGCGUGAAGCUUAUUUUUAUUUUUGAAACAUAUGACAAAAAUUGUACUUUAAGUGCAAGUGAAUGAGAGCGAGAGAGAAAGAGAGAGAGAGAGAGAGAGAGAAUGGGAUAAGUUUCUUCCGAGCCUACGGCGUCUCACCCCUUCAGGCCUCUGAGCGGACAGAUGAAGGUGCUGGAGCGAUGGAGGACAGAGGACUGGUGCACACACUUCUUUGCAGGCAGAGUGAAAGACCUGUCACCGUCAGGCCAAACAGAGCUGUUUCCUCUAUCCGCUACCCCCACCCCCGUCUCUCCGUCUCCUCUGUGGCCUGAUGCCAAUGAUUAUGUGACACACACACACACACACCCUCCCCUCCCGUGCAGUCGGACAAAGGAUCUCUAAAGCGUGGCGGCCCAGUGGAGAUCAGCGUCUUGGUGGGACAGAAUAAAGYAGAGGACUCACCUACCUCUUCUUGGAUCCUCACUGAACAAUUUUUAUUUUUAUUUUUUGGGGCCUCGCCACCGAAAUCAGGCGACGAAAGGACUGAAAGGGUGAGAGAAGGAGGAGGAAAAAGGGGGCCGGGGAAAUGUGGGAUAUUUUAUUAGGAAAGAGUAGGAAGUGAGCUGGUAUUUUAGAAACUCUAAACUCCUCCUGCCUUCUAAAGUCAAGAACCUUUGUCUUAUUUUUUUUUUWAUUUUGUGCCACAGCCACUCAGUUUUAUUGUUCCUUUUAUAAAGUCUAUUUUCUUUUUUUCAGCUUGUUUUAUUCUUGACUUCCAUCAUCACGUCAGUCGUUUGGGUUCUCAUCUUUGCAGCAAACUGAAGCUCUA